UUAUGGAUACCUACCUAAUAAUUGCUAUUAUUAAUUUUUGUAGUUUACAAAUUGUAUAUUAAAAAAUGUUAUUCCCUUCGAGGCCAAUAUGUUGGUUAGAUAAUACAUGUCACUAAAAUUAUAUCAGCCAACUGCACUAAACAAUCGGACACCUUUGGUUUAGUGAAGUUUAUGACAGUGCUGGCAUAUGACAAAAAAUUUUUUGUGAUGUGUUUCAUAAACUAAAUUGUAAAAAAUGUUCUUCAUAUCACGUGUCAUAAUUCAAAAAUCACUCGGGCAAAGAUGCUCUAGUUUAUAUUCGGCAGAAAACAUUUUUAGUGAAGAAAAUAUAAAAAGAACCAUCGCUAAAUUUGCCACUAUGAAGCCGAUAAGAUUGCACACGCGCCAACCUCCCAAGAAAGCUGCUGUACUAAUUCCUCUUUGCGAAGUGGGCAACAAGGUGUCGCUAUUGUAUACUUUGAGAGCGGCACAUUUGAAAUCUCAUCGAGGACAAGUUAGUUUUCCUGGUGGAAUGCAAGAUGUUACGGAUAAAAGUUUGGAGGAAACAGCUUUAAGAGAAACCGAAGAAGAAUUAGGAAUUGGUAUUGAAAAUAUUGAAAUUUGGGGCAGUGGACAUUUUAUAGUUACAAGAGGAGAAACAAGUGUUUUACCCGUAAUAGGUCGAAUUAAGAAGAAAUUAGUUCUUGAAAAUUUAAAAAUAAAUACCCAUGAGGUAGAAGAAGUGUUUACUGUACCCUUAGAAGAACUAUGUGAUCCUUCAAAAAUAGGACAUACACAGUUCAGAGGAUCGUAUUCAGUACCCGUAUUUUUGGGAGGUAAAAGACGAAUUUGGGGUUUAACAGCUAUGAUAACUAAUAUAUGUUUAAGUUCUCUUUUGUCACAUAAAGCCUAUACACACAAAAUUACUUAUAUACCACCUAUUAAAUCACACAAUGUCGUGACAUAUUAGUAGAAUUAGUAUUAGAUAAGUGUAAGUACCCGAAGGCGUUCUUCUAAAUAAACUAAAAUUGUUAUAGGGCAUCCUAUAAGUAAAUACUAUUUACUUAUCAAAAUAGGUACCAUAUCCGAAAAUGGAUUUUAUUGAAUCAAAUAUAUUUUGUCUACACGUUUUUUUCCUAAUAUUUUUUGCUAUUAAAAUAUGAAGUUUAUACAAUUGUGAUGAAAUAAAUAUGAGUAUGUAAGAUUUA